GUCAGUAUUGCAGAUGUGGCCAGCAUGACAGCUCUGACUAGAACUAUAACUCUGUGUUUUACUGGCGUUCUGGCUUCAGUCAGUGUUCUAGGUUCAGCCCCUGAGCGAGAGAAUGGUUUUGUCAAGGUGAAAAAGGGGGACAGUUUGACGAUGGAGUGCACCACAACAGACACUAAAUUCGAUAACCUUGAACUACUUGCAAGAAUCCCAAACAAGCAUGUAGUGAUGGUCUUUGACAAGAAUACUGACUCUAAGAAUCUCGGUAUGGAGUACAGUGGAAGAGUGACAAGCAGUGGCACCAUCGAUAAACUAUCUAUCACAAUCAGUAACCUGCAGCUGAAUGAGUCUGGCCUCUACAUAGGCAUUUAUAGUAAAUAUGACUUAGGACAACAGCAAAUUGUGAAAGAAGAAGGCUGCAGUGUUCUACUGUUUGUAAAUGAUGUGGAUAAGACCCCACCCGCAACAGGAAAAGGGGCAUUUGCCAUGUCGGUGCCACUGAUACUCAUCUUUGCCCUGACAGCAUGUACUAUGGUUAUUGUGUUUAUCCUGGUGAUGUGGGUUUUAGCACCAAAGGUGAAGGAUCUGUGUGUGACUCGAGCAGAUGACACACGGAUGGAAUAUACUGUAGCAGGUGAUUGUGCUUGAGGGUUCUGAAUUAUGACCUGUUGUUGCUCAUGUGCCAUUUAAAUGAUCAUGCCCGGGCUGGUGGCACGGGUGGGUUUAGCCUACCAAUCUUUGCAGCUUGCCCACCCAAUCCCAAGCCAAUGGGAAAAAUAAUCCAGAAAAUACCAGCAGGAUUUCUAACUUCUGAUUAGGUGGGCGGCCUUCAGCCAAAUCCAAAGCUGUGCCCCAGCAACACAGAGCAGUUUUUCACCACUCGCACACAACUUUCAGUUCAUCAUUCUUACAAGAUUAAACACAAUACUGUCUUCUUUAUAAAUCUGUCUACUUUUCACAGUUUGUGAUUGUUUUGCCGCAGCUAAUGAAUGCUCAUUUAACCAACAUUAAAUUUUCAUUAUCUUUGUUAA